GUGCACUGGCUUCAAUUUAAUUUCCUAUAAUUGAAAUCAUUUCCGCGGCCUCUUUAUAAACCGGCGCUUCGCACCCCAGAUCUCUGACUGCUUCAAUAUGGCCGAACCCACGACAAAAAGAGGUCCAUACGUCUCGAUGGCUUGCAGACACUGUUCAAAAAGCCAUGCAAGAUGUAUAAUGAAUGGGGGAAGUACAUUUUGGAGUGAGAACAAUCCGUGUGUGAGAUGCAUUUCAAGAGGACUGAAGUGCGAAAAGCCAUUACCAAAAGAUUCAGCCCCUGGCGCCAGCGCUUCUCGUAAUUCUACGCACCCCAAGUCUGUAGUUCUUAGAUUUCCGGCCCUGGGAUUAUUACCACUUCCCGCUCAAUCACUCACCGAUUGGCAAUAUGAACGAUGCGUACAAGGGGGAACUCUUGAGGCUAUCCAAAUUUUUCCAGGGCCUGCUUGGGAAGUCUUCAAAAAUACUCUUUUAUCUAACGUGGCAACCGCUUUGAAUUUAUUUCUUCACUGUUCCCUCAUUUUGCCACAGCUUCCUGCGCUUGUAAGCAGUGAGGUAUUACAACAAUUUGAGGGAGCCACGAUGUCUUAUUUUGGGAGGGAGAUUCUCCAUCCAACUUGGGAAACUAUAUUGGGGACGAUUUUGCUUAUUCGCUACAUGCAGUCACGCAAACCAACCUGUAGCAGAGAUCUACGAGCAAUGUUACACACGUGGUGGUCCACGGUGAAUCAGCAUGAUGGACUUAAAAACAUUCAGCUUGCCUUUUGGCAGCGUGUGCUCGCAAACCUUGCGGAACCCGGUCCUUCCAAUAGCUAUGGCCUUUACUCAGUGGAACAACAAAUAGUGAACAACCAGCUCUCAACAAGCUUACCUACCGCUGGGCCAAUCGGUGGUAUGCCCACCGAGCAAAUUUCUCCACGUCACUCGUAUGAGAUUGGUGGUGCCGCUCAGACCGACGAGCUUAGCACGAGCACGCCGUCAACAGCGCAAAGAGUUGAAACCCUUGUCACGUUCAGAGCGAACAGUCCUUCUGCUUCUGCACACAGCGAUGUCCUCAGCUCGGUGAGCGCGCCGCCGCCAUACAUGAUAGAACCCUUCACACCAGCGCCCGCGUUGGCGGCCGCUCCAGCUGGUUUCUUGAGUCCUCUGCAUCUGAACAGUACUAAUUUUGCGCCCACGAGAGCGGUGGAUACCGUCGCUCCCAGUCAGGUGUUCCCCGUUCAACACUCUAACAUUAUUCACCCAAACAACAUGUCUAAUGCUUCAACGAGUUCCAUUUUCACAGCACCAGAGCGCAGAAUCAUAUCGCAACCGCGGAGGAAGGACUCGUAUGCUGAGGCCGCCCGCAGGGGUUUAAAUUCAACGCAAUCCGCGCGGCAACACUAUUAAUCACGUUGUGAUAAAUUCUGGUUAUCUUUGAUUUUAACACCCGCCGCCCCCUUCUUUACAUCGGUCGAUAUUUGGGGUAUGACUAUACGCCGAUUAUCGUGAUAGAUUUUGGAUCAACACCUUAGAGGAUUUUCCAAUUAUCCGGGAGAUUUGUCUUGAUUUUAGUAUUGAUCUGCACUCAUUCUCAUUUGGACUGGCAUGUUCCCCAUAAUGUGUUGUUCGGUAUUUCUGUUUGUACGUCCCCAUAGUCUAGAACACGUUAUUCAAAGACUCACGAGAUAGAGA